AUGGCGUUUUGCCUCUGUUCUGUUCUUCUCUCCUCGCUCUCCGCGUGUGACGCGACGUCUCUUCGCACGUCGUCCCCAUGUGUUGGUGCCCCCUCCCGCACCUCUGGCGGGUUUGAGACGCGGCGGCGGGCACCCCGCGUGAAGUUGCUUCUCUCUAUGGCGGUGCUUGUGCUGCUCUGCGCUUUUCUCUCUCGUGUCGUGCUCUCGAGUGACAGUGCCGGCGCUGCUGCGUCUGCGCCCUCGUCUGGCGACGCUGCGCACAUUCCCUUCCCGGUGUGGAUUCCGCCGCGCUCUUUUGAGCCGACGUCGCUCAUGCUUCUCUCUCUGGGUCUCGUCAGCAGCGCGAGCUUCACCAUCUACCGCAUCCGCUACUCCGCGCACGAGCGCAGCCUGUUGCAGGAACUGGUUCACGCGGCCGUUGCAUCUGUCUUCCUGGGGCUCGCCGUCGGGUUCCUCCUGCUCAGCUGGGGAGUCUACUACUGA